GUUUACCAGCGAGCUUCAGGAGACACGAGAAAGUGACGGGAAAAGUUCCAGGAUUCGUGUUUUUGCGGUUCGGACGGGCUGCCGGGCUGAUAUCCAGGUCCCCCGGACCCCCCUGGACCCCACCAGGGACCCCCAGGGGCCCCCGGGGCCCCCAGCGCCUCAUGGCCCCCACCAACGUCUGCAACCAGCUCCCUGCAGCAGCAGCAUGCAGCAGUGCCGUGGAGGCGGAGCUCCGGUCGUUGCUGCAGCAGAGGAUCCUGGUCCUGGACGGGGGCAUGGGGACCCGGAUCCAGCAGCAGGACCUGCAGGAGCACGACUUCCGGGGCCACGAGUUCCGGGGCCACCGGCGGCCCCUGAAGGGCAACAACGACCUGCUGAGCCUCACCAGGCCCGAGCUCGUCUACCAGAUACACAAGGAGUACCUGGAAGCCGGAGCCGACAUCAUCGAGACCAACACGUUCAGCAGCAGCUCGGUGGCUCAGGCCGACUACGGACUGGAACUGCUGGCCUAUCGCCUCAACAGGAAGUCGGCGGAGCUGGCGAGGAAAGCAGCCGACGACGUCGCCAAGCAGGACGGUCGUAAACGCUACGUAGCCGGAGCUCUCGGUCCGACCAACAAAACUCUGUCAGUGUCGCCGUCGGUGGACCGACCGGACCUGCGGAACAUCACGUUCGACCAGCUCGUAGAGGCGUAUUCCGAUCAGGUCCGGGGUUUACUGGACGGAGGAGUCGACAUCCUGCUGGUGGAAACCGUCUUUGACACGGCAAACGCUAAGGCGGCCUUGUUCGCCAUCGACCUGCUGUUUGAGAAGAGCUACGAGAGAAGGCCCAUAUUUAUCUCGGGAACCAUCGUGGACCGGAGCGGCAGGACUCUGUCCGGCCAGACGGGGGAGGCCUUCGUUGUGAGUCUUUCUCACGCGAAGCCGCUGUGCGUGGGGCUGAACUGCGCUCUGGGGGCGACGGAGAUGAGGCCGUUCAUCGAGGCCAUCGGUCAAUGCACCACAGCUUUCGUUAUCUGUUACCCAAACGCAGGUCUCCCCAACACGUUCGGAGGUUACGAUGAAACUCCUCAAGUCACAGCCUCCCAUUUAAAGGAGUUUGCCUUGGACGGACUGGUGAACAUUGUGGGGGGAUGUUGUGGAACCACGCCUGAGCAUAUUAGAUCCAUCUCUGAAGCCGUGAAACACGUCCAGCCCAGAGUUCCUGCUGCUGCCGUUAACCAGGACCACCUGCUGCUUUCAGGUCUGGAACCGUUCCGGAUCGGUCCCUACACCAACUUCGUGAACAUUGGCGAGCGCUGCAACGUGGCCGGAUCUAGGAGGUUCUCCAAGCUGGUGCUGGCGGGUCACUACGAGGAGGCCCUGAGCGUGGCCAAGGCCCAGGUCCAGAUGGGGGCUCAGGUUCUGGACAUCAACAUGGACGAGGGUCUGCUGGACGGACCGGCCGCCAUGGCCCGGUUCUGCAGGCUGGUCGGGUCGGAGCCCGACAUCGCCCGGGUCCCCCUCUGCAUCGACUCGUCCAGCUUCGCGGUGAUAGAGGCGGGGCUAAAGUGCUGCCAGGGCAAGUGCAUCGUCAACAGCAUCAGCCUGAAGGACGGAGAGCACGACUUCCUGUUCCGCGCCGCGACUGUGAAGCGCUACGGCGCCGCCGUGGUGGUGAUGGCCUUCGACGAGGAGGGGCAGGCCACGGACGUCGACCGGAAGGUGCAGAUCUGCCGCCGCGCCUACGAGCUGCUGGUUAGCCGGGUCGGGUUCGACCCCAACGACAUCAUCUUCGACCCGAACAUCCUGACGAUCGGCACCGGCAUGGACGAGCACAGCGACUACGCCGUGCACUUCCUCCGCGCCACCAGGCUCAUUAAGGAGACGUUACCCGGAGCCAGAGUUAGCGGCGGUUUGUCCAACCUGUCGUUCUCCUUCAGAGGGAUGGAAACCAUCAGGGAGGCCCUGCACGCCGCCUUCCUGUACCACGCUAUCAAGGACGGCAUGGACAUGGGCAUCGUGAACGCCGGGAACCUGCCGGUUUACGACGACAUCGAUAAGGAGCUGCUGCUAAUGUGUGAAAACCUGAUCUGGAACCGCGACGCCGACGCUACCGAGAAGCUGCUAGCCUACGCGCAGAACCACGUGGACGGAGGGAAGAAGGUUGUCCAGACGGACGAGUGGAGGGAAGCCGGAGUGGAGGAGCGACUGGAGUACGCGCUGGUCAAGGGCAUAGACCAGUUCGUGGUGCAGGACGUGGAGGAAUGCCGGUCUCUGAUUGGUCGAUACCGACGGCCGCUCCACAUCAUCGAGGGCCCGUUGAUGAACGGCAUGAAGGUGGUGGGAGAUUUAUUCGGAGCCGGGAAGAUGUUCCUGCCGCAGGUGAUCAAGUCGGCCCGCGUCAUGAAGAAAGCCGUGGGCUACCUGGUUCCCUUCAUGGAGAAGGAGAGAGCAGAGAUGAUGGAGGCGUCGGGAUCGGUGGAGGAAAUCGACCCCUACCAGGGGACGGUCGUCCUGGCGACGGUGAAGGGAGACGUCCACGACAUCGGGAAGAACAUCGUGGGAGUCGUGCUGGGAUGUAACAACUACAGGGUCAUUGAUCUGGGCGUCAUGGUAACCAGCGACCAGAUUCUCCGAGCUGCCGUCACUCAGAAGGCUGACGUGGUCGGCCUCUCAGGUCUCAUCACUCCAUCGUUGGACGAGAUGAUCCACGUGGCCAAAGAGAUGGAGAGAAUCGGGAUGAGAAUCCCCCUGUUGAUCGGGGGGGCCACCACGUCCAGGAUCCACACGGCGGUGAGAAUCGCUCCGCGCUACAACCAUCCGGUGAUCCACGUCCUGGACGCCUCACGCAGCGUCGUGGUGGUCCAGCAGCUCCUGGACGAGUCUCUAAAGGAGGAUUACUGUGAGGAGGUGAAGGACGAGUACGAGGAGAUCCGGCAGGAAUACUACGACUCCCUGAAGGACCGGCGCUACGUCUCCCUCUCCGAGGCCCGACAGAAGAAUCUGCAGGUGGACUGGCCGUCGCAGUGUCCGCCCCGACCAGGGUUCCUGGGAACUCGGGUUCUGGAGAACCAGGACCUGACGGAGCUGCUGGAUUUCAUUGACUGGAAGCCGUUCUUCGACGUCUGGCAGCUCCGGGGGAAAUACCCGAACCGGGGAUUCCCCAAGAUCUUCAGGGACCGGACCGUAGGUCCAGAAGCCCGCCGGCUCUUCGACGAGGCCCAGCAGCUUCUGAACCGGGUCAUCCAGGACCGGAGUCUGGAGGCCCGGGGCCUGCUGGGGUUCUGGAGAGCCCAGAGUGACGGAGACGACAUCCGGGUCUACGAGGACGACGCCGCGGCCGAGAGACGAGACGAGCCGGUGGAAACGUUCCACGGACUCCGGCAGCAGGCGGAGAAGGACGGGUCCGGCCCGGACCGACACCUCUGCCUGUCCGACUUCGUGGCUCCGCUGGAAUCGGGCGUUCCGGACUUCGUAGGAAUGUUCGCCGUCGGCGUGUUCGGAGCCGACGAGCUGAGCAGAACCUUCCAGGACCGAGGAGACGACUACAGCAGCAUCAUGAUCAAAGCCCUGGCCGACCGGCUAGCUGAGGCGUUUGCCGAGCAGCUUCACGCCCGGGUGCGUAAGGAGUUCUGGGGCUACAGUUCUGACGAGGCCCUGCAGGCCUCGGACCUACACCGGGUCCGGUACCAGGGAAUCCGGCCGGCGGCCGGCUACCCGAGCCAACCAGACCACACGGAGAAGCUGACCAUGUGGAGGCUGGCCGGCGUAGAGGAGAAGACGGGCAUCACCCUGACUGAGUCUCUAGCGAUGACUCCGGCCUCAUCCGUGUCAGGACUUUAUUUCUCCAACUCUCAGGCCUCGUAUUUCUCUGUGGGGAAAAUCACCAGAGAGCAGGUGGACGACUACGCCAGAAGAAAAGACAUGAGCGUAUCGGAGGUGGAGAAGUGGCUAGCUCCAAUCCUGAGCUACGACCGCGACGAGUAGCGGAAACUCACCAGUGGAUCACCAGUAGAUCACCUGUGGAUCGCCGGUAGAUCACCAGUAGAUCACCCGUAUACCACCUAUAAAACGCCAGUAUAUCACCAGUAGAUCACAUGUGGAUCGCCGGUAGAUAACCAAUGGAUCACCAGUAGAUCACAUUUGUAUCGCCGGUAGAUCACUAGUGGAUCACCAGUAGAUCACCCGUAUAUCACCUAUAAAACGCCAGUAGAUCACCAGUGGAUCACCAAUGGAUCACCAAUGAAUCACCUGUGGAGACUCUUAUGUCUCUGGUCGUCACCUGCUGCACCUGAUUGUCGGUCCAGGCGACCAGAACUCCUUUUUAAAAGAUUUUUACAAUCAAAGGUUUUUAGAGUUUUUUUUCUUGCGUGGUUUUUGUGAAAUCGUUCGAUCGAAGGAUUAAUUUUGGGAGAUUUUCGUUACCUGGAUGAAGUAUUUGAACCACUACCCACUAUGCACCCUGCUCACCCUCACUGUGACAUCAUCAGCAUGUGGAGAACUGGCUCAAGGGGGCGGCGGCUUCAAGAGGGCAUUAUUCCAGCGGCUUCAAGAGGGCAUUAUUCCAGCGGCUUCAAGAGGGCAUUAUUCCAGCGGCUUCAAGAGGGCAUUAUUCCAGCGGCUUCAAGAGGGCAUUAUUCCAGCGGCUUCAAGAGGGCAUUAUUCCAGCGGCUUCAAGAGGGCAUUAUUCCAGCGGCUUCAAGAGGGCAUUAUUCCAGCGGCUUCAAGAGGGCAUUAUUCCAGCGGCUUCAAGAGGGCAUUAUUCCAGCGGCUUCAAGAGGGCAUUAUUCCAGCGGCUUCAAGAGGGCAUUAUUCCAGCGGAGGCUCCAGCUUUGUAACGUUGGUCUCGGCGCUUUGGAGGAUUUUUGGUGCCAAAAUUAAAUAAAUAAAUACAUCAUUCAUUAAUUAAUUAAAAUGGGAAUGAAAUAUAUCAUUAAUUAAGUAAAUGUGUCAUUAAUUAACUAAAAUUAGUAUUAAACAUGUCAUUAAUGAAUUAAAAUACAAUUCAUUUUAAGUAAAAAAAAUAUUUAAUUAUUUCAGUAUUUAUUUAAUUAUUUCAGCAUUUAAUUAAU